UGAUGCGACCAAACGAGAGGUGCUUGGAGGAGUACAUCAACCCGGCGCUUGCAAGCAUCUUCCCGCAGGGAGUCCCUCCUAACAUCGCCUCCAUCUUCGUGCGGCACGGGGACAAGCACUACGAGGCCAAGAGGAGGAGCGUGGAGGAGUACUUCGACAGGCUGGCGAAUCUCGAUAUCAAGGAUGUGUACGUGGGCUCGGACAGCGCCUCCGUCAUUGCACAUGCCAAGUCAAAGUACGGGAGCCGAUAUCGGCUCUAUCACCUUCCCAUGGCUCGAACCCCCGACGGUUUCAGGCUGGUGGAUUUCAGGCAGCACAAGAACGCGGGGAUAGAGGGGCAGCACCUUGCCGAACUCUUUCUGUCCAUCCAGGCGGCGGUGGCGGUGGGAACCUUCUCUAGCAACUGGUGUAGACUUGUGCACGAGCUGCACGAUCAGGACGGGCAUGCAGCAUGUGCGUACAUCUCCUUGGACGAGUGGGGUGAGACAGAUAGGUAGCGUGACAUGCGUGCGGACAAAUUAACACGUUUGCGACGGUGUAGGGAAGAAUGAGAUACCAAAAGAAUAACAUAGAGAUCUGUGGCAA